AUGAGCUCCAUGUCCGGAGAGGAUCCCACGAACGGAUUGGCAAGAGGCGCUCCUACAACCUCGCUGCAGGCGUUGGCGGCAGCGCCGGUGCUUGGGCUUGGGGCUACCGAGCCCAAAGAGCCCGAUGACGGCAAUUUGGGGGAGCUCCUGAAGAGCCAGCUCGUAGAGCUGGGUAACUUCGUGGGUGGCCUGAAGCUGCGCAAGGAGAUGUGGAUUGCUGGACUCCAGAGUGGGCCACACAAAGGGUUCCCUCGCCCUCGCGGGACGCGGCGCUGCGGUCCCUGGACGCGAGCCUCUCUGAUCUCCUCCCAGACCCUCGGCUGUUGCCUGUGCCGCCUGUAG